AUGUCACCUGGAGCAGGGGAACCGGAGCACGGCCCCAGCCUGGAGGCCAUUGUUGAGCCGCUGGGGGAGGAGAAGGAGGAUGAUGAUAGCAGGAGGGAGCCGGAGGAGAGGCCCCUUACAGAGGUGCAGGCAGCAGCAGCGCCCCAGCCCAGCCCCACAGCCCCAGCUCUGGAGGGGACCCCAGGGUUGCUGCAGCAGGGAGACAGCCCCCUGCGGGAGCAGCACAUCCCAGCCCAGCCAGGUGACACAGUCAAUGGGAGACCCUUGGGCACAUCCAGCACAGAGGAAGACGAGGAGGAGCCCCACUCUGCACGCUGUGGCCUUGAUGCUGGGGAGGGGCUGGGGACCCCCCUGGCGGUGUCCCCACAGAACGGCCACGCACCCCGAAGCAGCCUCCUGAGCACCAGCUCUUCCGUGUCCAGCCUCAGCUCCUCGACGCUCAGCAGCAGCCUGAUGAGCCUGUACAGCGAGGGUGAGCUGGGCAGGGUGCCCGUGAGGGGCUGUGUCCAGUUCUCCCUGCGCUACGACCCGGCCAGGACGGAGCUGCAGGUCCAUGUGCUGCGGUGCCGGGAGCUGGCCGAGGCCAAGAAGCAGCGGUCGGACCCGUACAUCAAGACGUACCUGCUGCCGGACAAGUCCAACCGCAGCAAGCGCAAGACCACGGUGCGCAAGAGGAGCUUGGACCCCAUCUUCAAUGAGACCCUCAAGUACAAGCUGGAGAAGAGGGACCUGCAGGGCCGGACCCUGAACCUCUCGGUGUGGCACCACGACAGCCUGGGCAGGAACCUCUUCCUGGGAGAGGUGGAAAUCGCUUUGGGCACCUGGGACUGGGACAACACCGGCCCUGAGUGGUUCAGUCUCCAGCCACGGACGCCCGUCUCCUCGGAUGGCCUCGCCAGCCGGGGCAGCCUCAACUUGGCACUGAAGUUCAUCCCUGCCGGCUUGGAAGGCAGGGGGCUGCCACCCACAGGUGAGCUGCACAUCUGGGUGAAGGAUGCUCAGAGCCUCGUCCCCCUGCAGGGCGGCACCGUGGAUGCCUUUGUGCAGUGCUAUGUGCUGCCAGAUGACUCCAAGGCGAGCCGGCAGAAGACGCGGGUGGUGAAGCGGAGCCUCAACCCGCUCUUUAACCACACCAUGGUGUACGAUGGCUUCCAAGCCAAGGACCUGGCCGAGGCGUGCGCCGAGUUCACCCUUUGGCACCAUGAAGCCUUUGCCAAGCGCCAGCUUGGUGGCAUCCGGCUCAGCCUGGGCACCGGGAGCAGCUAUGGGCUACCCGUGGGCUGGAUGGACUCCACAGCGGAGGAGCGGGGGGUGUGGGGCCGUCUGCUGCAGCAGCCCGGGCAAUGGGUCGAAGCUCUCCUACCCCUCCGGACCAACCUUGUCCCGAGGGCAUAGCCUCCGGCCCCACGGUGGGGGGCAGAGCUGAGCCCAGAGCAUCACUGCGGGGCUGGGCUCUGUGCCCCAUAGCAGCAAUGAAGUGGCACCGGAGGGCUCA